AGUGCGCGAAAAUUGCGCGUAGAAAAUGAUAUCUUUUGGUGGUCAACAUCCAAAUUUAUAGAAAAUGGAUGCAUUUCUUCUCAAAGCUUACGAUUUAUGUAACAUUGGAGGCUCAAAAGAGGAAAAAGAAUGGCUUCAAAGGCUUGCUAACCAAAUCCAGACRUACAUUUGUAAGGAUUCUUCUAGUCAAAACAAUUUCGAUAUUUCAUUGUCUGUAUUGGAAUGUCUUACUAAUCUUAAAGCAAAGGCAGGAAARACUGACGAGAAKGAAAUCAGUACARCUAAUGAUGCUGCUGAUUAUGGUGGUAGUCAGGMUGAAAGARUUGAUAACGAACCUGAUAAUGACGAUGUUACUGAGKCACACAGCAAUGCAUUAUUUGAAUUACUGUGUGUCGCGGAUUUAAUCAAGAGCAAAGAUAUAAUUGCUGGACAAAUUGCUGUUGCUGGCAAUAACGAAUGCAUACCAAGUAGCUUGGAAGAAUUGAAAGAUUGCAGAACAUUAGUACCAAGAGCCCCGUCAUUCCUUCUUGGAUAUUUAAGAUGUUGUCCAUCUCAAAUUACGUUGAAAGAUACUCCAUUGUGUGGCUCUCUGUUUCUUGAAGACAACUCUGGAUGCUUGCCCAUUGAGGUAUUCAAUCCCGAUCAGUCAUCUUUAGACCAACUUGUCAUUCUUCCAAGCUGGACAUUUGUACCUCCUCCUGACCAUUUGCACCAAAGUUGUCACACUUCAACUUGUCUUGAACAACAUGGAUACAUUGAAGCAAACGAAGGGUGUCUUCCAGUGCUAGCGAAAGUUGAUAAUGCAAAUCUUAGUUCAUUGAUUGCUCCUCCGUGCCUUUCACUUACUGAAUACCAGAACCAUCAAAGUACUGCGAAACAAAAAGUAAACUUACAUGGCAAAGUUACCGCUGUUAGUCCUGUUCAUAGUAUGUUUGAUGCGUCCAAGCCGUUCUUCUUCGUCCAGUUGACUUGUACACAAAGCUUAAUUUGUACACCAAUUGUUAUCCAGGGAGCCCAUCUCAUUCAUCUGUUCCACUUUUUACAAGUCGACAGUGAAUAUAUUUUCACAGGUUUAAGAGAAACCACAAUGAAUAAGGGUACUAAAAAUGAAAGGAAGAUUCUAGCAUCCACAAGAACAACAAAGAUGUUGGUAUACACUGAUGGGAACCUUCCAACAACUAAUACCAGAAAAAGAAAGACGACAUUGAACGUGAACGACAACAUUUCUUUAGACAUGCCACCAAAGCGCUCUAAAGGCAUUACUGGAAACGCUCAAUUGCCCACGGUACAAACCACUGACCAACGUAGCAAAAUUGCAGGCUCGAGGACUGGGCAACCUAAAGUACUUUCAUAUAAAUGGAGUGGUCGAAUUAAAGGGGUUCCAMYGUAUKCAAYGGAAGRAACGAAGGACUACGGAUUCGGGGAAUCGGAAAAGAGAAUUGACUGA